AUGAAUUUACCCUUUAAAAACUCCAAUUCAUCAUUUAUUCGUAUUUUGGACGAUGAUGACAACCCAGCUCCUGAUUUCAGAAAACCAGCAGCCAGAGUAGUUAGCACUCAAUUAGUCAUUGCAACUUUAUUAGGACUCUUUGCCUUUUUGGCGUUUUCCAUAUUGUUAAAAAAAUUCCCCAGAUUUUAUGCUAGCAGGAAAUAUAAAAUAGAUGGAAUACCCUCAUGGAAAGAAGGUUCAUUAUUUGGUUGGGUAGUCGUUUUGUAUAAAAUCACGGAUGAACAAGUCUUGGAGUAUGCUGGUCUAGAUGCAUUUGUGUUUUUAGGUUUUUUCAAAAUGUGUAUCAAGACCAUAUCAAUAUGCUCCUUAUUUGCCGUUUUAAUUAUAUCACCAGUAAGAUAUCAUCACACAGGUAGAUAUGACGAUGGUGAUGAUAAUUCGUACAGCAUGUUAGUAAAAAGAUAUGUCACUGAAAUGGUACCAAAGCUGAUUGCAAAUACUACUGAUAUUAAUAAUCCAACUAUAGGAGAUGGCGGACAAGAAGAACAAGUUGAGAAUUAUUUAUGGAUGUAUGUUAUUUUUACUUAUUUUUUCACUAUUUUGGUAUUGUAUAUAUUAAUGAAACAGACAAAGUUGGUAGUUAAUAUUAGACAAAAGUAUUUAGGUAGACAAAACAAAGUAACAGAUAGAACAAUUAGAAUUACAGGGAUUCCUGUGGAAUUGAGGACAGAAGAAACAUUGAAAUAUACAAUAGAAACAUUGAAAAUUGGUAAAGUUUCUUCGAUUACUAUAUGUCGUGAAUGGACAUACCUAAAUAAAUUGUUUAAUUACAGGAAGAAGGUUUUGAGGGAGUUAGAGUUAAAAUUAGCUGAAUGUCCAGAAGAAUUAAGGGAUAUGGAGAUUUAUGUGAAUGAAAGUUAUUCUAUAGGUGAGAACACACCCCCUGUAGCAAAAAAUAGUGGUAGGCCAGUUAUCAGAACUGGCCUGUGGGGAUUAUUUGGGGAAAAAGUUGAUGCCAUAGCCUUUUUUAACAACCAAUUGAAAUGUUUAGAUAAAGAAAUUAUCGAGGCUCGUUCUAGACAGUACCAUACCACUCCAACCGCCUUUGUCACCAUGGACUCCGUAGCAAAUGCACAAAUGGCUGCACAAGCAGUUCUAGACCCUCGUGUGCACUAUUUUCAGACCAAAUUGGCCCCUGCAGUCCAUGAUAUUAUAUGGGACAAUGUUUGCUUGAACAGACACGAACGAUUAGUGAAAUGCUAUUCAGUUACUGUUUUCAUAGGCAUAGUCAGCCUGUUCUUAAUUGUACCGGUUUCUUAUCUAGCUACUUUAUUGAAUUUGAAAACCAUCACGAAAUUUUGGCCAAUGUUAGGUAAGUAUUUACAAGAUAAUAAAUGGGCAGAAAAUAUUGUAACUGCACUAUUACCAACCUAUAUUUUCACACUUUUUAAUAUCAUAAUACCAUAUUUCUACGAAUAUUUAACUAGUUACCAGGGGCUAGUGUCAUACAGUGAUGAAGAAAUUUCUUUGGUCUCCAAAAAUUUUUUCUAUAUAUUUGUUAACUUGUUUUUAGUUUUCACAUUAGCAGGUACUGCAUCCAAUUAUUGGGGGUAUUUGAGUGAUACAACAAAGAUCGCAUACCAAUUGGCCACUUCUGUUAAAGAAUUUUCGUUGUUUUACGUUGAUUUGAUUAUAUUGCAAGGGAUUGGUAUGUUUCCAUUCAAAUUGCUAUUGAUUGGCAGUUUGAUUGGCUUCCCACUUAUUAAAAUCAAAUGUAAAACAUCGAGACAACGAAUGGAGUUGUACCAAUCACCCAUUUUUAACUUUGGAGUUCAAUUGCCUCAAUCAAUCUUAAUUUUAAUUAUCACGAUCAUUUACAGCGUCAUGAGUACUAAGAUUUUGGUUUCUAGUCUAGCCUAUUUCGUUAUUGGAUUCUAUGUUUAUAAAUACCAAUUGGUUUUUGCUGCUGACCAUUUGCCUCAUAGUACAGGUAAGGUAUGGCCAUUGAUUUUUCGCAGAAUUAUUUUAGGAUUACUGAUUUUUCAACUAACAAUGGCUGGUACACUAGCUGGUUUUCAAGGGGGUUGGAUUCUUUCCUCAUGCUUGUUUCCCUUACCAUUUUUAACCUUUAGUUGUUUGUGGGAUUUCCAAAAUAAUUACCUACCUUUAUCAAAUUUCAUUGCUUUAAGUUCUAUUCGUGAAUUUGAAAGAAGAGAAAGUGUUUCUGGGAUGCGUAAUUCCAGUCCUUCUACGUAUUCUAAUGGUAAUGAAGCAUAUGAAUAUCCGUUUUUGAUAUGUGAGUUGGAACAACCAAUGACUGACGAUGCCGAGCAACACACUGGCGAGGACGAUAGCUAG